AUGUCUAGUGUGCGAACAAAAGUAGAGCAAAAAGAUCCGUUUACUGGCACUCAAACCAGUCAUCCUCCCCAAAGAAGAGUCGUUGCUAAAGGGAAGAAAAGAGAAUAUGAAGCUGUAACAUCCACAAGUGUUACGUCCACAUCAAAUUAUCAGUCUGUUGUCAAAAGGCCCAAGACAUUUGGUGUCUCGCCGCAGCGAUUGAUGGAUAGCUUUUUUCAAGCAAUGAGGGAAAUCAUCGAAAACAAAGCAAGGCCCAUCAUUGACAAGCCUAGUAAAUUGGAUGUACUCAAGAAAGUAUUACUCUCGGUGAAGAGGCUCCCCCUAGGUAUCAUUACUACUGCUGAAAAGAUCUGUCAAUGUGCCAGAGAUGAGUUGAAAAAUCAUCUUGAACACCAUGGUACUAAGCAAAACUUUCAGUACUUUCAAGAGUACGUCAAGGAUCAUUUCGAUGCUAUUGUGGUAUCUUUAUAG